AAAAUCUUACAUCGUUCUUUCUUUCCACAAAAUCCCUCGUUUCCUUCUUUAUUCCCAUUUCCCACCCUUUCAUCAUUCAUCAUCGCCUCCACCACGCACCCACCCAGAUUCUCCUUCCUCUCCGCGUUCCUCUUCCGUCUCCAAAUUUCGAUUCUUUCGAUCAGAUCUGCAAACCCCAUCUCGCCAAAACCCUCUGCCACCCAUCCAUGACGCUUGGCUCAGGAGGAUCCAGUGUCGUGGUUCCAAGGAACUUCAGAUUGCUGGAGGAGCUUGAACGAGGAGAAAAAGGUAUUGGAGAUGGCACAGUUAGCUAUGGAAUGGAUGAUGGUGAUGACAUUUACAUGCGCUCUUGGACUGGCACCAUUAUUGGCCCCCAUAAUACUGUACAUGAAGGAAGAAUCUAUCAACUGAAGCUGUUUUGUGAUAAAGACUACCCAGAAAAGCCCCCAAGUGUUCGAUUUCAUUCACGGAUCAACAUGACUUGUGUUAAUCAUGAAAAUGGAGUGGUUGAACCAAAGAAGUUUGGUCUUCUUGCAAAUUGGCAAAGAGAGUACACCAUGGAGGACAUACUGACCCAGCUGAAGAAGGAAAUGGCAGCUCCUCAUAACCGGAAGCUUGUCCAGCCCCCAGAAGGUACCUACUUUUAGCAUUGAAGAGCAUUGAAGACGGUAUAGAUGUCAGCUUGUAUUGCAUAUUCUGUAUGCAAUAUAUAGUGUGUAAUGAAUGCUUUGUGGAUCCUUCCUUCCGAAUUCAAGAACAUAUAAUAGGGGAAUGCCCCAAAAGAUAUUUCCAUAUCCAUGGCUUCAGAGUUGUUUUGUUGUCUUUCUCAACUGUUCUGAAGGGGGACUGUUUGAUUAAAAUAUUAUGUGUGUCAUAUUUCUAAAGCAACUCUUUAAGUAGUAUUUUCCCUUUAAUCACAAAGGUGCUUUCAAAUUUA